UAUUCAUAAAAUUGAAACAAUCGCUCUGAGCGUUCGGUAGAUAAUCGUUUCGGAGUGUUGAAAAUUGAUUUUGCUUGUGGUCUUCACGAUUUCCCAGUUCACAGAGUACUAAGAACAUUCCCAAACAAAUGUCAAAAAUGGCAAUGUGAAGGAAAAAAUUCGUAGUGGAAUAUUUUUUUUGAUCUUCAAUUUAAAUAACAAAAUGUACAAAGGUUUUGCACGUAUAUUAGCUCAUUCGGAAAGAUUACAGUCUUGUAUUUCACCAUGUCUUAGAAGUUCAGUUUUGUGCUCACGGAAAGGAAAACUCGGAAGUAUAGGUUAUAUUUUUGUGAGAACCAAAAAACAUGAUAGAAGUAAUCCUUCGGCCCUAUUUGUACCGGUUCCCGUAAAACCUAAUCCAGAUGACAUGAAUAUAGGUGAAGAAUUCACUGGGCGCCUGAAGAAGCAGGAUUUACUCAAAAUUCUAAACAAGUUCUAUCAGAAACCUGAAGUAAGAGUUUUGUCUGCUGAAAAUGGACUGGAUGACCAAUUACUCCAUCAGGCAUUUUUGUCUUUUAGAAGGCAUUGUUUAGAGCACGAUUUGCCACCAGAUUUACAUAUAACAAUUAGUGAUAUUUUACAAGGUGCAGGACAUGUUGAUGACUUAUUCCCAUACUUUUUACGACAUGCAAGAUUAGCUUUCCCACAUUUAGAUUGCUUGGAUGAUUUGAAGAAAAUAUCUGAUCUGAGAACUCCUGCAAACUGGUACCAAGAAGCCCGUAGUAUGAACCGAAAAGUUGUCUUCCAUGCUGGCCCCACAAAUUCUGGAAAAACAUACCAUGCUAUGGAGAGAUUCUUGACAGCAAAAUCCGGUGUAUAUUGUGGACCCUUAAAGUUACUGGCAACUGAAAUAUAUCAUAAGUCCAAUAAGAGGGGAACAGCAUGUGAUCUGAUAACAGGAGAAGAAAGAAGGCAUGCGUCCCAGUAUACCACGGUUACAGGCGUCACAGAAGAGACUGCUGAGCCCUUAGAAUCUGAGCCUUUAUUGCUUGAUGAAGCAGAGCUCACACCUUCUUCACAUGUAGCCUGCACUGUGGAAAUGACCUCACUUAAUAAUAAUUAUGAAGUAGCUAUAAUAGAUGAAAUUCAAAUGAUUGGAGACAGAGGCAGAGGCUGGGCAUGGACAAGAGCUAUCUUAGGCCUCCAAGCUGACGAAAUACAUUUAUGUGGUGAAGCAGGAGCAAUAAAUCUCAUAGAAGAAAUAUGUAAUACUACUGGUGAAGAAAUUGAGGUCCGAACAUACAAAAGACUGACAGAGUUAAAAGUGGAAGACUCAGCGCUCGGUUCACUAGACCACGUGAUGCCAGGCGACUGUAUCGUGUGUUUCAACAAGAACGAUAUUUACAGUGUAAGUCGAGCCAUAGAACAGAGAGGUCAUGAAGUUGCUGUGAUAUACGGAAGUCUACCUCCAGGGACUAAGUUAGCCCAAGCCAAUAAAUUCAAUGAUCCCGAUAGUUCAUGUAAAGUUAUGGUGGCCACAGAUGCUAUAGGACUUGGAAUCAAUUUGAGUAUAAGAAGGAUAAUAUUCUAUUCUCUAAUAAAACCAGUAGUGAAUGAAGAUGGCGACAAAGAGAUGGACGUUAUUAGCAUAUCUCAAGCAUUGCAAAUAGCGGGUCGCGCUGGCCGCUACGGUAGCGCCUGGGAAACCGGCUACGUCACGACAUUCAAGUCGGAAGACUUGGCCACGCUGAAGACUUUGCUAUCGAAGCCUCCUGAACCGGUGACGCAGGCCGGCCUGCACCCAACUGCUGAGCAGAUGGAGUUGUAUGCGUACCACCUACCUCAUGCUAGUCUUAGCAGCCUUAUGGACAUAUUCGUCCACCUCUGUACAGUGGAUGACUCCCUCUACUUCAUGUGCAACACAGAAGCGUUCAAGUUCCUAGCGGAGAUGAUCCAACACGUGCCGCUUCCGCUGCGGGCACGAUACGUGUUCUGCUGCGCGCCCAUCAACAACAAGUUUCCCUUCGUUUGUGCCACAUUCCUCAAGAUGGUCCGUCAGUACAGCCGCAACGACCCAAUCACGAGAAACUGGCUGUGCAACGCAGUGGAUUGGCCGCUGCCUUCGCCAAAGACCAUUAUGGACCUGGUCCACCUGGAGUCAGUAUUCGACGUGCUUGAACUUUAUUUGUGGUUGAGCUAUCGAUUCCCGGAUAUGUUCCCAGAUGUAAGAUUAGUACGAGACAUGGAAAAUGAACUGGACGCGAUUAUCCAACAGGGCAUAUUCCAAAUCACUAGGUUACUAAGGAACUCUGAGCAAAUUCUCCGCGAAGAUCCUGAAGGAAUGGACCUCGAAGCAAAGAGGAAACCUACUAAAGCAGCGCCCUUCGCACAGGGAAAGACUGAAGAAGCAAAGGGAAAACUGUCGGACAUGCUUGUUGCAAGAGGUCUCAUCACUCCGCAAAUGUUGAAGAAACUCCAGCAAGAACUGUCCACAGACAAUAAAGCAGACAGAAGUAAAAAGACACUGAAAGGACUCGGUAGAAAUAGAAGAAAAUAAUAUAAAUGUUGUGUAUUAUAAGAAUCGUACAGAGUUUUCGAUACGGAUGAUGGAGUAACGAUAUUGACUCUUGAAAACGAGUACAUAAACAUACAGUGCCAAACGGAUAUGCCUAUGACUUAUUGUGGAUUUAUUCAUCCAAGUGGACGGAGAUACUCGUUUUCAGGCGGUAGCCUAAACAACGGCCACUGCGCCGUCAAAAUCAAGGCGACAAAACUGGACAGCGGUGAAUGGAUAUGCCACAUAGGGCGCUCGAACACUGGCUUGGAGAUCAUGCAGUCCAUACAAGUUCGAGUCGUGAGCCAAGUGGCUGCAAUCAGGCCUAAUAUAACUGCGGUGCAUGGGAAGACGGUGACCUUGGAAUGUUCUACGACAAAGGGAAUGAUUCCGAUGAGCUACUGCAGAUUUGAACCUCCUAAUGGAGGGACGCCUUUCAGCAUCAGUUCUGCAAUUACAGUAGAAAAUCCGAUCCUGGGCAAGUACUACUUCCCGCAGAACAAGAGUAUAGACCGCGGCGACUGCGCAGUGACAAUCCGCAAAGUGAAGUAUGAGGACGUUGGCCUGUGGACUUGCGGCGCCGGGCUCGAUGAUGGCAAGGAACACAUUGACGUCAUCAGCCUUCAAGUUGAAGGCCUGUAUACCAUGUCAACAGCGUCAGCGACCGGCAUCACCUUCGGAGUGAUCGGAAUAGCUGCAUUCCUCUGCGUCCUUGGCAUUGUGGUAUGGAAGAAGCGCCGGUUCUUAGGAACUGCCCCACCGGAGGAACCAGAAAUCAUCGAGAUACAGGAACUGGGGCCAGUGGCUAGGAGUAGGAGCAGAAGCGUAAGUAGGAGCCCUAGGGCUUCGCCGCAAAUGAUGCGAGCAGUCCCGAGUGUGACGGUCCAGUCCCCUUCUGAAGCGAGCGGAUCGCCGUAGGGAUACCAAGUUAUAAAUACCAUUCGUUUUAGAGCAUACAAAGUUCACAAUGUCUAACCCCCUUAUUCAUGCAAGCAAGCUAACUGCGCACCUCGCUCUAAUGCAGUGGUUCUUAACCGGUGGUCCCUGGAGGCAUUCCUAGUGGUCCGCGAAGACAUCGUAAUAAACAAGUGACGUGACGUGAUGAGUGAGUCAACACAGCGCACAGUGGGCGAGAAAUCGACCUC